GGAUCUCCUCUGGCAGCCCGUGGUGGGGCUUAAAAUCCUGAUUUGACAGAUCACAUUUUACUCACAGGCACUAAGAAAAUAGCCAACCGCUGCCUGCACUGCGCUUCGGCUCUUUAACGUGGCAGAACACAUCCCAGAGUCUUUAGAUACAAUGGGGACGAGGCUGCGAAUGCUCGUAUCGGCAGUCAUAUUUGCAUCGUGGGUGCUCUCAGCAUCUGGUGCACGCUAUCACACUCACAGGCAUCACCGACUGGAGGAUGUAGCGCUUACUGAGGACAUCGAUGUAAGGGCGCAGAGGAAUAAGAGAGCCACAGACGACGACUACGCCCUUCUGCCGGCCGACGCCCCCGAUGACUCUGGCCCGAUGCAACCCGGAGGAGACCCUUCAGACCUUCCAACAUGUCUACUGUGUGUGUGUUUGACUGGAUCCGUCUACUGCGAGGAGGUCGACCCAGAUAUGACAUCGGUGCCUGCUCUGCCAAAGGAGACAAACUACCUCUACGCUCGUUACAACAAGAUAAAAAAGAUAACGGCCAAAGAUUUCGGAGAUAUCGUGACUCUGAAGAGAAUCGACUUCACUGGAAACAUAAUUUCUGAGAUCGAAGACGGCGCGUUUGCUAAGCUUACCAUGCUAGAGGAGCUCUCGCUAGCUGAAAACCAGCUGGUCAAGUUACCAAUGCUACCGGCGAAAUUAGUCUCCUUCAAUGCUAAUCACAACAAACUGAGGACCAAAGGAGUCAAGGCAAAUGCGUUCAAGAAAUUAAGCAAACUGACACAUCUGUAUCUCGCUCACAAUGAACUGGAGGCGGUUCCUCUCAUUCCAGAGACUGUCCGUACGCUUCACCUUCAGAACAAUAACAUUUCAAGCGUGACCGUGGACACCUUCUGCAAAGGUAACAACACGUACUACAUUCGUCCCAACAUGAACGAGAUCCGUAUGGAUGGAAAUCCCGUCAUCCUCGGCCAGUACCCCACCAGUUUCAUAUGCCUGCAGUCUCUGCCAAUUGGGCGAUACCAAUGAAAACUGUAUCAAAGGUACUGAGAAGUCCUUGGAUAGCCAAUGAUGAUGGCUAAAACAGAGAAGCAAAAGUCGUUCAAUCUCCUGGUGCCUGAGUGUAGAAAACGUUAAAACCAUGAGAAUCUGUAUUAUAUAUCUAAUUAUGUAACAGCUGCCCAAACACUUAAAUAUCCUUUUGAUAUUGACUUUGUAGAUGAACCUAAACCACAAGUCUUUGAAAGAAUAACUUUAUAUCCAUUGUAAAUAACCACUGGAGGCUACUGCUUGGUAAAAUGUGAGAUCAUGAAAAGCUGCAGUCAAGCUUCUAGUAUUCCUCAGAACUCUGUGAAUUUCUGACACUUUCUAGUACUGUUAAAAUGUCUUACUUUGGCUGAAAUUAAGAUGCCUGCUAAGUUAAAUAGAGGCAGAGGAACUCAUUCCAAGUUCCAAGUCACUGUUCUUUCCCAGCUGACUUUUACUUUAAUAUUUUGAAUAUUAUUUAUAUGCUAAAUUUGUAAUUACUACCUAUGUGUGAAUUAAACAUGAAUAGACUGUACAGUAAAACAUUGUAUGAAAUCAACAUGUAAUGUUCAUUUUAGUUGUUCAAAUACACCUUUUUUCUAAAACAGUGUGACUGGUUUGCUUUUAUCUUGUAUAACAACCAUGCCAGACAGCAGUUUAAAAAAAAAUGCAGUUCCAAAAAGAGAUCAAAACAACUGUCUGCAAAUUGCAAACCAAUCAAACCCAAAGAUUGUGCAUGCAGAAAGUUCUGGAAAAAGUGGGGUAAUAUUGUUCCAUUUAACUGGCCAAAUUGGCAGCCAUUGCAGCACAAUGGUCCAAGCAAAUAAUGGAAUGUUUUUCAUACUGACUCGAAGGCUUCAUUCCCAAACUUUCACUGCCAUCGAGUCAUGGAAUUUGUUCCCAAUCUGGCAUUUAGCAAUCUUUCUCAUACAAGUCUUAUGAUAUGUGCAUAUUAGGGGGAACUACAAAUAAAAAACCUCACAAGAAGAUAAAUAAAAAUGGAGAACUUAGUUAUUCUAGGUAGAAAAGAAAUAAAG